UGGCGCCCUGCCCGCUUAUAUAUAGCGCCCACCAGCAGACCACCCCCCACCCCAUCAGCUGCUCCUCUCGCGUUUCCUGUCAUCGAAUAUUUUCCCUUUUUGAACCAUAAAAGGAAUCGACCAACGUCUCAUUCGGAGAUUCUCAUUUCCUGUCCAGGAAAAUCUCAUCCUUUAGUUUGAAACUAUAUAUCAACAAUUAAUCAUCUCUCCCCCUCUCUGUUUCCUCACAUUUCCGUGCAGAUCUUUGCUAAAAUUGGUGGCGUAUAGGUACACAUAUGAACGUAUAAGAAUUUUGUGGUGUGUUGUGCGUGAUGAUGAGGUGAUGGAACAGAAGCACGUGUUGUUGUCGGCAUUGAGCGUAGGGGUAGGCGUCGGCCUUGGUCUGGUGUCCGGUUCGGCCGUCGGAAGAUGGACUGGAGGUUCGAGCUCCGCGGUGAGGGAAGGCAUCUCCGCCGAAGAAAUUGAGCUGGAGCUUCUUAAAUUGGUUUCUGAUGGAAAGGAGAGCAAGGUUACGUUUGAGGAUUUUCCUUACUAUCUCAGUGAGCGGACACGUGUGUUAUUAACAAAUGCAGCGUAUGUUCAUCUAAAACACUUUGAUGUAUCUAAGCACACUCGAAAUCUUUCUCCUGCAAGUCGGGCUAUAUUGCUCUCUGGGCCUGCAGAACUAUACCAGCAGAUGCUUGCCAAGGCUCUAGCACAUUAUUUUGAAGCAAAGUUGAUAUUGCUGGAUAUAAAUGAUUUUUCACUUAAGAUCCAAAGCAAGUAUGGUCUCACCAAGAAAGACCCUUCUCUCAAGAGGUCUAUCUCAGAAGCAACAUUGGAACGAAUGUCCAGUUUUCUUGGUUCCUUCUCUAUUCUUCCACACACAAUUGAUAACAGAGGCACAUUACCAAGACAAAGAAGUGGAUUGGAUGCUACAAUAAGGAAUACUGAAGGAGUCAAUAAUUCUCUAAGGCAUCGGAGAACUUCCUCUGUCUCUUCAGAUAUGAGCAGCAUCAGUGCCUUGUCAUCUUCUUCAAAUCCAGCUCUCUCCAAGCGGAUCAGCAGCUGGUCUUUUGACGAGAGAGCCUUCUUACAGUCACUUUAUAAGGUGAUGGUUUCAGUUUCUCAAACAAGUUGUGUCAUUCUCUACAUACGGGAUGUCGAGAGAAAUUUUCUCCAGUCGUCCAGAAUAUACAAAUUAUUCGACAAACUGUUGAAGAAAAUAACAGGAUCAGUUUUGGUCCUGGGUUCCCGGAUUUUGGACCUUGAUGAGGAUUCUGGGGAAGUAGAUGAGAGACUACGUCUUUUAUUUCCUUACAAUAUCGAGAUUAGGCCACCAGAAGAUGAAACUCAUCUUGUAAGCUGGAAAACUCAACUGGAAGAGGAUAUGAGAAGGAUCCAGUUGCAGGAUAACAAGAAUCAUAUUGCUGAAGUACUUGCCGAAAAUGAUCUUGAGUGUGAUGAUCUAGGAUCAAUCUGUCAUGCUGAUACCAUGGUCCUAAGUAACUACAUAGAGGAAAUUGUGGUUUCCGCUAUAUCAUAUCAUUUGAUGAAUAACAAGAACCCAGAGUAUCGUAAUGGGAAGCUUGUUAUAUCAUCUAACAGUUUAUCCCACGGAUUAAGCAUUUUUCAAGGGGGUAAAAGUGGUGGCAAAGAUACCCUCAAAAUGGACACUAAUGCUGAAUGUUUUAAGGGUACUGAAGUGAAAGAGAAUGCUGGAGCAAAACCUGAAUCAAAAUCUGAAAAUCCAACAUCUGAGAGCAGGGGCGAGGCAGAAAAAUCAACUUCUUCAACAAAGUCAGAUGGCGAGAAUGCAGUGAUCUCAAAGCCCCCUGAAGCUCCUCCGGACAAUGAAUUUGAAAAGCGCAUUAGGCCAGAAGUUAUCCCUGCAAAUGAGAUUGGUGUGACAUUUUCCGAUAUUGGUGCUCUGGAUGAGAUUAAAGAAUCACUUCAGGAGCUGGUCAUGCUUCCUCUUCGAAGGCCAGACCUGUUCAAUGGUGGGCUUCUUAAGCCUUGCAGAGGCAUACUGCUCUUUGGUCCACCAGGUACGGGAAAAACAAUGCUUGCCAAGGCCAUUGCCAAUGAGGCAGGGGCUAGCUUCAUAAAUGUCUCAAUGUCGACUAUCACUUCGAAAUGGUUUGGAGAAGAUGAAAAGAAUGUCCGAGCUCUUUUCACUCUUGCUGCAAAGGUGUCCCCUACAAUCAUUUUUGUGGAUGAGGUCGACAGUAUGCUUGGGCAGCGGACAAGAGUUGGCGAGCAUGAGGCAAUGCGAAAAAUUAAAAAUGAAUUCAUGACACAUUGGGAUGGGCUACUAACAAAACCCGGGGAACGCAUUCUUGUUCUUGCAGCAACUAACAGACCUUUUGACCUUGAUGAAGCAAUUAUCAGGCGGUUCGAGCGUAGAAUAAUGGUUGGCCUGCCAUCAGUGGAGAACAGAGAAAUGAUCUUGAGAACCCUUUUGGCAAAAGAAAACGUGGAAGAAGACCUUGAUUUCAAAGAGCUCGCAGCAAUGACAGAAGGAUAUAGUGGAAGCGACCUCAAGAAUCUGUGCGUAACAGCUGCUUACCGCCCAGUUAGAGAACUCAUACAGCAAGAGAGACAGAAGGACAAGGAAAAGAAACAGAGAGAUGUAGAAGGCGAGAGCUCUAAAGAUGCUUCUGCUACCAACGAGGAAACUAAAGAGGAAAAAGUAAUUUCUUUAAGGCCCUUAAACAUGGAAGACAUGAGGCAGGCAAAGAAUCAGGUUGCUGCUAGUUUUGCCUCUGAGGGAUCCGUGAUGAGCGAGUUAAAGCAAUGGAACGAACUAUACGGAGAAGGAGGUUCAAGAAAGAAACAGCAGCUAUCUUAUUUCCUUUAAAGUAUCGGGAACAUGCAAUUUGAGAUAGUGAUCGGUUUUGUUCUCUGUGAAUGCGGCAACAAAUCCUUGACUGAAGCGGAGCUGUUUGGACUAAAACAAGAACCUGAAUUCCAGGGUAUUGCCGCAAAUGCUCUUUUUUGAUCCUGUAUCAAUUGAUUAGUGUGAGUCAAUUAGUCACAUUGUUGGAGUGCAUUAUUAAAGACAGACGAUGGAUCAAUAUCUUAGAACCUAUAGAAAUGCUAUCUCAAUUGGAAUUUGUAAGCCAAUAGCAAUAGAGAUGUGUUAUUUUAUAUAGUAUGUAUUAUUCUGUAUAUUGUAAAUCACAGCGUGUAAAUCUAAAUGCAAAUCUUGUAACUUCAUUCCUUCA